AAAUAUAAAACUUUUAUAUCAAGUUCAUUUUCUUACAAAUAGUAAUUAGCGCAACAACUUGGUCACAUGUAGCUAUCUUUAGUUUUUUUCUGUUGACAUUUUGGGUUUUGUUUUAAUUGAUGUUAUAAAUCGAUAGACGUUGCUUUUUAAAUAAAGCCUGAGGCGCUUUGUAAUUGUAGCAUCGCGCUGUGAAUCUAGAAGGUGUCGCUCUGCGGUUUAUAGACACUGUACCGCUCUACAGAAAAUGAAAAAUUUCCAUACUAUGAAUAAAAAUUAAAAAUGCAUUAGACACUGCACCUGCCCCGAGUAAGAUAAGCACAGAGACACAUGCGCGUAGUACCAGAGAAAGUGAAACUAACCCAGUAUACGUGUGUUAUCGGUUGCUUUGGGCUCAGCAGGGAAAACCAGACUGGGUCUCUCUCUCUCUCUCAUCACAGCCCCUCGCAAACCCAGCCUCUGCACAAUGCCAGAGAUCUCCACUGUUUGCAAACUGGCCUUUAUUGCGCUGAUAUGCAGCAGCUAUAUGGCCCCUCCUGUUCUCAGCGUGUGCCCCGUGCUUGACUGCUGGUAUGUGAAGGAAAAGCCAGGCAGCUUCCCCUCCGCCAUGACGCAGGAGAAAUCCCUCCUGUACAUCAGAACCAGCGCUGACCAGACCGGGCCGGAGCAGAACCACCCCGCUGACAUCGACCCCAUGAGGGUUUACCACGUCUCAGACCCGGCCGGGCCCCUGUGCAGUUCCUCUCUGCUGACGGUAGAGGGCGCUGUGGAGAAGCCGCAGUGUGAGAUUAACCCCUUCACUCCUCAGCCCGCCCAUGUGGACUGGAGCCUCUCUCUGACCAGCGGCGGGGUCAGCCCAGCCCGCCUGGGAGCUGAUUGGCUCUCCACCUCCAUCACCGCCCACAAAGGGGACAUAGGUGUGUCCAGCAUCUUGAGGGUUCCCACGGCAACCGGGCAGGCCACAGCGGUUCUCAGUGUGUUCUCUCACACCCCGGUCCUGCGCUCUCGUCUCGGGCGGGCGGCUCGUCUGGACUGUGGGUUCUCGGUGCUGCCGGGCUGGCAGGAGCCUGGUUCUGGGUUUGCGGUGGAGUGGCGGUACCAGUUCCGUGGGGAGGGCCGGCUGGUCUAUGCGUACAACGGACAGACAGACAGACUGGAGGAGCGCAGUGCCCAGCAGGAAGAGGCGAGCAUGGACUUAGAGGCGCUGCACCAGACAGGAAACGCAUCACUGCUGCUGCACAAUGUAGACGUGCACCAUAGGGGCACAUACAUCUGCACUGUGUACCUGCCCUACAUCCUGGCACAGGUAGCAAUGGAGCUGGAGGUCAUAGAGCCCCCACGCCUCUCCCUCUUCCCCUCCCCUCUCUGGUCACCCCCCGGCCGCCCGGUCCAGCUGUCCUGUGAGAUGUCGGGGUUCUACCCCUUGGAUGUGGGGGUGCAGUGGCUGUGGAGGCCUGCAGGGGGCGCCGGGGUGCGCUACCUCCCGGAGGCUCAGCUCUCCGGACACACCCAGAACCCCGACGGGACCUACACCCAGACCAGCUUCCUGAGAGUCACCCCGGAGUCAGGGGACCACCAGGGCCAGUACUCCUGCAUAGCGACUCACCUGGGGGCCAGCUACAGGAAGACAGUGACCCUGCACAUCGCAGGUGCGUCGGGCCCCUCUAUUGAGGAUGCGAUCGGUUUGUUUGUUGUAGCGUUUCUUCUGUACGGGCUCCUGAAGCUGGGGAGCUGGCUGUUCUGUGUUAAAGCUUGUCCUGCAGUUGAAAUAGACAAGCAGAAGGCAGAGUGAGUCGGAGUGUCUUCCCCUGUGCAGCAGAGUGCCCUGGUGGUUGCAUUCGUUCCAUUUCUGAAGUUUUCGGUUGAAGAAGAAUUCAGUUUGUUUUUUUCUUUUUCUUUAGAAAGAAGGCCUGCUAUUUGCUUUAGUGUCAAUAAUAGGGAUUGGGCAGUUCAGCUUUGCACUGUGAGUGUGUGCUAGUCAGCGUGUCUGUAUGUAUGUGUGUGUGUGCCUGUGUGAUUGUGUUUGUGUGUGUGUGUGUGUGCCUGUGUGAUUGUGUUUGUGUGUGUGUGUGUGUGUGUGUGCCCGUAUGAUUGUUUGUGUGUGUGUGUGUGUGAUUGUGUGUGUGUGUAUGAGUGUGUGCCUGUUUGAUUGUGUGUAUGUAAGUUUUUCUAUAGAAAGAAAUACGUGCCUAGAAAAAUGUAAUCUGUACACAUGAUAUUGUUUGUUAAGAUGUUAAUUCUACUGGUAUUGUAUAAAGAAACACACAUAUAUAUAUAUAUAUAUGUAUGUAUAUAUUGAACUCUCCCAACAAAUCAAGACAUCCGGGUUUAAAAGGCAGCAAACCAGCAUACUGUUCAUUAUUUAUUAAGAGAGUCUCCUCAUUAAUACCAGACAUCUGUGCCCUUGAACCUCCUGUGAUAUGAGACAUUUUAUCACUGAUACAAGCUAACAGUGAAUCUGACUCUUGUGGUAAAGACACACAGACAGACAGACCAUUCGGAACUCACACACGCGCACACAGACCCACACGCACACACACACAUAGCCACACGCAGACACACAUACAGACUCAACGCUAUUUCAGAUCUGCUCUACAGUCAAUAACACAUUUUAAACACUGCUGCAGAAAGGUGUCUUCGCAUUUAGAACUGUGGGCUUAUUUUUUGUCGCUAGUUUUAAAUUGAAAAAAAAAAUCUGUUUGAGAAAUUUUAAAAAAAUUGUCAACAUUGUUAAGCUUUACUUGCUAAUAAAACACAUUUUGUAAAA